AUGUCUCAUGAAGAAUUUGUACUUACAAUGCAUAUAAUUAAUCAAAAUAAAGUUGAUUCGAUCAAAGAUUAUAUUGAUUAUUUCAACAAAGUUUGGUUGCCGCACUACAAUUUAAUAUCUCAAUAUAAUAAUGCAACUGCAAUAUUCACUAAUGAUUGCCUCGAGAGUAUGCAUUCAGAAUUUUCUUCGUUAAAACAUCCAAACAUUUAUGAAGCUAUUAAGAAGAUAUCUCAAAUCCAAUUAGAUAAAUAUAACGCCAUCAAAAAUAACCAGAAGAUCGAGCGCCAUAUAAAAACCGUUAUCACUGAUAGCUACAAAAAUUAUAUUCUUGACUGCUUUCAAAAAGAACUUGAGAAAACAAUUUUUUCUAUCAAACAAUACAACGUAAGUGAUCUUUCUUUGGCUCAGAACGAGAUUUCUCCAUAUGGUUCCAUAGAAUCGAGUUCAUUGUUCGAAAAUAUUCCAGUUCAUGAUGCAGAUAUACUCAAAUCGAUCGAUCUAACAGAUAAAGAUACAAUGAUCACUAAGUUUAUUAAUGAAAAAAGAGAAAAAAUUAUGGCAUUAUUUAAUGAAACAUUAAAUCAUCCAGAUUUUAAUUCAUCCACUCCAAUUCAAACUAAUUUUGAGCAAGCCGAUACAAAUCAAGGUUCAGAUGCUCCAAUUCGCUCCGAAAAUUCAAAUAUUGCAGACUCUACAGAUUUAGAACCAGAAAAUCAAAACCAUCCUUCUACAAAUCAAAUGUCUAGUAAUCUAGAACAUAAGCUGGACCUUCUUGAUCAUAUUGAAAAACAAUUAUCGAAAAUGCGCUCGUUAUUGGGAAUUCUUCCUACUACAAAUGCUAUUGUUGGGCCGUCAAAACAAGUUUCAGUUAAUAGCAAGCAAAAUUCUGAAAAAAAUAAGAAAAAAUCUUCCAUAACAACAAAAUCAAACAAUAAAAAACAAAAGUCAUCCGACAAUCCUCCUAAACGUAAAGCUCCUAUUUCGGAAAGGAUUCUCAGCGAUAAUAACUUAUAUUUUCAAGUUCAUCGAAAGAGAUCGAAAAGCAAACGUUCCACAUCUACAGAGAAAAAGAAUUGA